CGGGGGCCGUCCCAGGCGCGCCCUCCCCGGCUCGGCCCUGCGCGCCAUGUGUCCCCGGCGGCGAGGCGCGCCGCUCCCGGCCCGGCCGCGGUUCCUUUAACCCGGGAAAGGGAGCGGGGCGGAGGGGGCGGCGGGGCCGCUCAGAGGAGGGCUCUUUCUUUCUUCUUUUUUUGAAUGAACCGUGUGACGUACGUACAGGAAACCAGUCGGUUCGAGCGGAGAAUGAAGUAAGAGGCCAGGCCCCCCCGCCCCGCGCCCGCCCCCUUCCUCUCCGCCCCCUCCCCCGCCCGACGCGCGCCCGCUGGCCCGCCCGCUGGCCCGCCGCUCUCGGUUUCCCCCGCGGAGCCGCCGCCGCCGCCGCUGCUCGCGAAGGUGCCGAACGCCGGGCCCUCCCAGCCGGCGCGGCCGUCAUCGCCCGGAGCGGGUGCGCGGCGGGAGCGCGGGGAGACGGCCGCCGCCAGCAACGCCGCGCAGGAGCAGGAGGAGGAGAAAGGGUGCGCAGCCCGGAGGCGGGGUGCGCCGGUGGGGUGCAGCGGAAGAGGGGGUCCAGGGGGGAGAACUUCGUAGCAGUCAUCCUUUUUAGGAAAAGAGGGAAAAAAUAAAACCCUCCCCCACCACCUCCUCCCCACCCCUCGCCGCACCACACACAGCGCGGGCUCCCUGGCUCUGCACCGGCGGGCCGGGCGCGUCCUGCCUUCAUUUAUCAAGCAGCUUUUCGGAAAAUGCAUUUGCCGUUCGGAGUUUAAUCAGAAGAGGAUUCCUGCCCCGGUGCCCGGCGCGUCCCCGGGCCGCCGGUCCCUGUCUCUCCCCCGGGGAGGCGUGAAGCGGUCCCGCGGACCAGGGGUCCAUGUCUGUGCCCGCGCGUGUGCGCGCGCGUGUAAAUUGCCGAGAGGGGGGAAAUCACAGGACUUAUGCAAAUUCUGGAUUGAACAUUGUAAUUCCUCUGCCGCCACCGCUGCUCCCCACUUUUUUUUUUUUUUCCUCGUGCUCUUGAGCUCUCCGGUUGGGAUUCCUGCGGAUUGACGUUUCUGUGAAGGAGAGAAGUCUGCGGAUCCGUCCGCCGCCGGGGCUCGUGUUUGACCGCUCCCCACGCGCCCCCAACUCCUGAUUCAUUUGGAAGUUUCGCAGCCGCUCGCGCCGGGGAGUUUGGAAGAUCGAUGGGGUCUCUGCCUUAUGCGUUUGUUUUGUUUUCACGAAAAGGGAAACUUGACAGAGGAUCAUGCUGCCCUUAGAAAAUACACGGUCGUAGAGGAAGUAAACUGGUCUUGACGAUAAUUUAAUAACAAUGUGCCUCAUGAAAUAAAGAUCCGAAAGGAAUUGGAAUAAAAAUUUCCUGCAUCUCAUGCCAAAAGGGAAACACCAGAAUCAAGUGUUCCGCGUGACUGAAGACACCCCCUCAUCCAAGAAUGCAAAGCACAUCCAAUAAAAUCGCUGGAUUAUAACUAUUCUUCUUUCUUUCGGGGCCGUGGGGCGGGAGCGGGGGCGAGAGGUGCUGUCGGUGCCCGGCUGCUGCUGCUGCUGCUGCCGCCUCUCGGCUGCUCCUCGGGGGAAGGAUGGCGCACGCCGGGAGAACAGGGUACGACAACCGGGAGAUCGUGAUGAAGUACAUCCACUAUAAGCUGUCGCAGAGGGGCUACGAGUGGGAUGCCGGAGACGCGAGCGCCGCAGCCCCGGGGGCCACCCCCGCGCCGGGCAUCUUCUCCUCCCAGCCUGGGCGCACCCCCGCGCCCGCCAGGACCUCGCCGCCGCCCCCCGCCGCCCCCGCCGCUGCCGCCGCCGCCGCCGCGGGGCCUGCGCUCAGCCCCGUGCCCCCCGUGGUCCACCUGACCCUGCGCCAGGCCGGCGACGACUUCUCCCGCCGCUACCGCCGGGACUUCGCCGAGAUGUCCAGCCAGCUGCACCUGACGCCCUUCACCGCGAGGGGACGCUUUGCCACGGUGGUGGAGGAGCUCUUCAGGGAUGGGGUGAACUGGGGGAGGAUUGUGGCCUUCUUUGAGUUCGGUGGGGUCAUGUGUGUGGAGAGCGUCAACCGGGAGAUGUCGCCCCUGGUGGACAACAUCGCCCUGUGGAUGACAGAGUACCUGAACCGGCACCUGCACACCUGGAUCCAGGAUAACGGAGGCUGGGACGCCUUCGUGGAGCUGUACGGCCCCAACAUGCGGCCUCUCUUCGACUUCUCCUGGCUGUCCCUGAAGGCGCUGCUCAGCCUGGCCCUGGUGGGCGCCUGCAUCACACUGGGGGCCUACCUGGGCCACAAGUGAAGCCGACGGGCCUGCCCCCCGCAAACAGAUAUGCAAGAGGUUCACGAAAGCAGCAGAAACAUAUGCAUCGUUAGUGACAGGCCACGACGAGGAGCUGUGGUCUGUUGGAAACAAGCUCGCAAACAAACAAACAACAAACACACGAAAAAAACCCCACAAAAACAGCUUUUCAGGCUCAGCAUCGAAUCAGCUAUUUACUGCCAAAGGAAAAUGCCGUUUAUUUUUUACAUUUUUGAGGGAAACAAAGAAGAUUUAUUUAUUUAAGACAAUCCCAUGACGAGUUUUAUCUUUGGAAACCCUACCUAGUUGCCAAGCCCCUCCGGUGUGGCCCCACCCGGACCUCCUGGACCUGGGAACGGGUCUGCUUUCCCUGCUGUUGGCCGCCAUCUGAAGCGCAAACAGACUGACGGAGGACAGGACUGUUCCAGAAGCCGGGCUUCUGGCUGCUGGAGGUUUGGGAGAGAAGGAGUUCAUUUGCCUUGCAUAUACGUGCCCUGGGGGCUGUGAUAUUAACAGAGGGAGGUGCUUGGGGGGAAGUGCAUUCUUUCCCGGCUGGAAGAACCUGGACUUUGCAUAUGGCUCACGUGGUACAUAGUCGGUUGGAAGAAAGGAAAAAAAAAAAAAAAAACACCGGGAACUUCAGAUGGACCUGGUAUCUGCCCAGAUACCCACACCAGAGGACAGUGGGACAGGGAAAAUGCCCUUAAACCAUAGGAAAGUAUUUUUUUAAGCUACCAAUUGUGCCGAGAAGCAUUUCAGCAACUUAUACAAUAUCAUCCAGUACCUUAAGCCCUGAUGUGUAUACUCGUAUAUUUUGGAUACACUCCGCCUCCAAAAACUGGCUCUGUGCAUGAAACAGGAUCCCCGGGAAAUCGAGGAAGGGAACGGUCCGGUGACUCCUUCGGCAUCGGCAAGGCUAGAGGUCGCCAGAAGCAUCCGGCCGCCACAAGUGCCUGCUUUUCCUGCAAGAGGCCACGGACUGCAGUACCCCCCUGCAGCCCCGAGGCCUCGUCCUGGAGCUGAGCCUGGGCACUCGCGGGCCUGCUCGAGGGAUUUUAAACAGAGCAGUGUGGUCUCCCAGCGUCUGGAAGCUGACGGAGCCCAGAACCCCUCUGUCAAGAAAGACCAGAGGGUCAGGCCCGGUACCCAGGGGCCCUCCAGAAAGGGCGUUUCACACGGAGCCUGGAAACCAGCGCCCUGAAGACGUUUGUCACCGGAGGGAAGAAAACCGAGGCGCUGGGCCUUGCCUGGCAGAGGGAGGUGGCGAAGGUUGGGAGUGUGACGACCACCGAAAGGGAAGAAGAGCAAGGAGACACAGCGGCGUCCAUGCCGCGUGGCCGACGUCGUGCAUGUGCACCGGCUGCACGGCCACCCGCCUGUCUGCCUGGUUUCCAGCAGGGCUUUAAAUGACUUUGGAGAAGGUCAUAAAUCCUGAAGGAAGCGUGGAGAUGAGGUGUCUACGGAAUUGGGAUGUAAAACAUUAGCCUAUCAUUGCAGUUUGGUUUUAUUUGAAAACCUGACAGAGAAGGGGGGAAAAAAAAGUUCCAGGUGUGGAAUGUGAGGAUUAUCUGUACAUCCUGGGCAUUAAAAAAGAAAAAAAAAUAGUGGUGGACAAUUCUAGAGCAGUAGCAAAAGAAGUGAUCUUCAGCUGAUGAACUAGGAGAUUAUUUUUUGGAGUUUAGAAAACCUCGAGACGCAUGGCAUAACUCUGGCAUUAUUGCAUUACAUACCAUUUAUCCGUGUGAACUUUGGAAUGUACCAACUUCAAUGUUUAAUGCUGAUAUUUUGAAAGCUGCUUUAAGAAAAAUACAUGGAUCUCAGCGUUGUU